AUGGUGCUUCUUUCAGAUGGAUUUCCUGCCAAUUCCAUUUCUAAUGGUGGAAGUGAACUGUGUCCCAAGAUCAGGAUUGGCCAAGAUGACUUACCAGGGUUUGACCUGAUUUCUCAGUUCCAAAUUGAGAAGGCUGCAUCUCGAAGGACUAUCCAGAGGGUGGUGGGAUCCACAGCCUUACAAGUGGCUUACAAGCUGGGAAGCAAUGUAGACUUCAGGAUUCCAACAAGGCAUUUGUAUCCCAGUGGGCUGCCUGAAGAAUAUUCCUUUUUAACUACUUUCCGGAUGACUGGAAGCACACUCGAAAAGCACUGGAACAUUUGGCAGAUCCAGGAUUCCUCAGGGAGGGAGCAGGUCGGCGUGAAGAUCAAUGGCCAGACAAAGUCUGUUGCAUUUUCAUACAAGGGACUGGAUGGGAGUCUCCAAACGGCCGCCUUCUUGAAUUUGCCAUCCUUGUUUGACUCCCGGUGGCAUAAGCUCAUGAUUGGCGUGGAAAGAACAAGCGCCACUCUUUUUAUUGACUGCAUCAGGAUCGAAUCCUUACCUAUAAAGCCAAGAGGCCAGAUUGAUGCAGAUGGCUUUGCUGUGCUGGGAAAACUUGUGGACAAUCCUCAGGUUUCUGUUCCGUUUGAACUCCAGUGGAUGCUGAUUCACUGUGACCCCCUGAGACCCAGGAGAGAGACCUGUCAUGAGCUGCCAGUCAGAAUCACAAGCAGCCAGACCACCGAUGAGAGAGGUCCUCCGGGUGAGCAGGGGCCUCCAGGGCCUCCCGGGCCUCCUGGAGUUCCGGGCAUAGAUGGCAUUGAUGGUGACCGAGGUCCAAAGGGUCCCCCAGGACCUCCGGGUCCUCCUGGAGACCCAGGCAAGCCAGGCGCACCAGGCAAGCCAGGCACACCAGGAGCUGAUGGAUUAACAGGACCUGAUGGAUCCCCUGGCUCUGUUGGACCAAGGGGACAAAAAGGAGAACCUGGUGUGCCUGGGUCUCGGGGAUUUCCAGGCCGUGGUAUCCCAGGACCCCCUGGUCCUCCUGGGACCACAGGACUUCCUGGAGAACUUGGCCGAGUAGGCCCUAUUGGUGACCCUGGGAAAAGAGGACCACCUGGCCCUCCUGGACCCCCAGGACCCAGUGGAACAAUUGGAUUUCAUGAUGGAGACCCAUUGUGCCCCAAUUCCUGUCCACCAGGUCGCUCUGGAUAUCCAGGCCUACCAGGCAUGAGGGGCCAUAAAGGAGCAAAAGGAGAAAUCGGCGAGCCAGGAAGACAAGGACACAAGGGUGAAGAGGGUGACCAGGGGGAACUGGGAGAAGUUGGUGCUCAAGGACCUCCAGGAACUCAAGGUCUAAGAGGCAUCACUGGCAUAGUUGGAGACAAAGGAGAAAAAGGUGCUCGGGGAUUUGAUGGAGAGCCUGGGCCUCAGGGCAUCCCGGGUGCAGCUGGUGAUCAAGGACAGCGAGGCCCUCCAGGAGAAGCAGGUCCUAAGGGAGACAGAGGCAUUCAAGGUUCCCGAGGAAUUCCUGGAUCCCCGGGACCAAAAGGAGACACGGGCUUGCCAGGUGUAGAUGGCCGAGAUGGAAUCCCAGGAAUGCCCGGGACAAAGGGUGAAGCAGGGAAGCCUGGACCUCCCGGGGACGUGGGGCUGCAGGGUUUACCAGGCGUGCCUGGAAUCCCUGGUGCAAAAGGUGUUGCCGGUGAAAAGGGUAACACGGGUGCCCCAGGGAAGCCCGGUCAGUUGGGAAGUUCAGGAAAACCAGGCCAACAAGGGCCCCCAGGAGAGGUUGGACCUCGGGGACCCAGGGGCCUUCCAGGCAGUAGAGGCCCGGGAGGACCAGAAGGGUCUCCAGGUAUACCAGGGAAACUGGGAUCUGUUGGCAGCCCUGGCCUUCCUGGCUUGCCUGGGCCCCCUGGCCUUCCUGGGAUGAAAGGAGACAGGGGUGUAUUCGGUGAACCGGGUCCCAAGGGUGAACAGGGUGCCUCUGGUGAAGAAGGUGAAGCAGGAGCAAGGGGUGACCUUGGAGAUAUGGGACAACCUGGCCCAAAGGGAUCUGUGGGUAACCCCGGGGAGCCGGGUCUGAGGGGCCCUGAAGGAAUCAGAGGGCUUCCUGGAGUGGAAGGACCAAGAGGACCACCUGGACCCCGGGGCGUGCAGGGAGAACAGGGUGCCACUGGGCUGCCUGGUAUCCAGGGCCCUCCGGGCAGAGCACCAACAGACCAGCACAUCAAGCAGGUUUGCAUGAGAGUCAUGCAAGAGCAUUUUGCGGAAAUGGCAGCCAGCCUCAAGAGACCAGACACAGGAGCCUCUGGUCUUCCUGGGAGGCCUGGUCCCCCUGGACCUCCGGGCCCCCCUGGAGAGAAUGGUUUCCCUGGUCAGAUGGGAAUCCGUGGUCUCCCAGGCAUUAAGGGUCCCCCUGGUGCUCUUGGCUUAAGAGGACCUAAAGGUGACUUGGGAGAAAAAGGAGAACGUGGUCCUCCAGGAAGAGGUCCUAAGGGUUUGCCUGGAGCGAUAGGUCUCCCAGGUGACCCGGGCCCUGCCAGCUAUGGGAAAAAUGGCCGAGACGGAGAGCAAGGUCCCCCGGGAGUGGCAGGAAUUCCUGGUGUGCCUGGACCUCCAGGUCCUCCAGGCCCUCCUGGGUUCUGUGAGCCAGCCUCUUGCACCCUGCAGGCUGGUCAAAGAGCGUUUAGCAAAGGGCCCGACAAGUGAAAGCCGUAGCGUUGUAGACUCCCUACACAAACCACGCCUGGUAGCAGAGUGUGGGGGGGAAAUGAUACCCAACACUGGGCAAAGGCUUGAAAGGUUCACCUCUGACAUCAUUACAGGAGUGCUACUUGACAAGCAGAUUUAGAACAACUGGUGCUAUUCAGUAAGUCUCGUUCCUUGUCCGUGGAAGGAAGGUAGGAGAGUCGUAAGACAAGAGUCGGAUUCUAUUUCUCUUUAGCCAAAUUUAUAAAUCCUCUUCCCAGGAUUCUGAAUUUUAGUUUGCUAUGAAUGAAUAUGUGAUGUGUUGUGGGCCACUGUGACAACAACAACAACAAUAACAACAAGCUGUUCACAUUACCUCAGUUGCUGUCAUUAUUUUUUAUUUCAAUUAAGAUAUUGAUCUCAGAUUAUUCAUUCAGUGAUAUCAAGUAUUGCGAGGAUACAAAGGAACAAACCCCACUACAUUCAAUAAAAUUGGUGCUUAAAAUCUUCAUCAGGGCUGUAGCCCACAAGUGGUCUCCGUACAUUUGCAGUUUUCAUCUUUACUAUGAAUUUGUGAAUAGUGUGUACUGCAUCCCAUCCCAUUUGUAGUCUUAAACUCACAAGAAAGCAAAGAAGUAAUGCCCUGACUCACAUGUUUUGUGGCUGACAUUAUUUAUUUUAAAAGUUUGAGGUAAUAUGUCUGGUUUUACCAAAGAAAAAAUAAACACAGUUUC